UCCAUGCCAACAAAUGUAAAUACUGUCGCCCUGGAUUAAGUUGUAGUAGUAACUAACAGCAUUUUAAUAGAAUGGCAGUUGUUUUUGGGUUGUCUGCCCUUGGAAUUACUGCUGCAACAAUUUUUGUUGUUCUUCUAAUUUUCCUCAUAUGCCAGCCUAUUAGAGAAUAUAUAUUGAAAUGGAUUGAAAUGAAACCCAUACCUGGAUUGGAAGGUGCUUACCCAAUCGUGGGAAAUGCACUUAAUUUCAAGUCAAAUGCUGCAGACUUCUUCUGUCAGGUGAUUGAAGGGACAGAUAAAUUCAGACAUUUACCACUACUGAAGAUCUGGGUAGGACCCAUGCCUUUCAUUGCCUUGUACCAUGCAGAGACAGUUGAGUUGGUAUUGAACAACCCCAGGCAUAUGGACAAAUCCUACAGCUACAGGUUCCUACACCCUUGGCUUGGCACUGGUUUGCUUACCAGCACCGGUGAGAAAUGGCGUCGGCGUCGGAAGAUGCUGACACCCACCUUUCACUUCUCCAUCCUGGCCGAGUUUCUCGAGGUGAUGAACGAACAGGCAGAAAUCUUAAUUAAAAAACUGGAGAAGCAUGCUGGUCAAGGGCCUUUUGACUGCUUUCGCUUCAUCACUCUCUGUGCACUCGACAUCAUAUGUGAAACUGCAAUGGGUAAGAAAAUAGAUGCACAGCAUAACUCUGACUCUGAAUAUGUCCAAAGUGUGUACAAGAUGAGUGACAUCAUAACUCGUAGACAGAGAGCACCUUGGUUUUGGCCGGAUUUUAUCUACAAUUUGCUUGGGGAGGGAAAGGAACACACAAAGAGACUGAAAAUUCUCCACUCAUUCACUGAAAGUGUAAUUCGAGAGAGAACGGAGCAUACUGACAAUACAGAAUCUGACGGUGAAUCUGAUCGAGGUACAAAGAAACGAAGGGCCUUCUUGGAUAUGCUUCUGCGAGCCACUGAUGAGGAUGGAAACUACCUGAGUCAAAGCGAUAUCAAAGAGGAGGUGGACACUUUCAUGUUUGAGGGUCAUGACACUACAGCCGCAUCCAUGAACUGGGCUCUUCACUUAUUGGGCUCUCAUCAAGAGAUUCAGAGGAAAGUCCUGCAGGAGCUCACAGAAGUGUUUGGUGCAUCACAGAGGACAGUCAACACAGACGACCUGAGGAAGUUACGCUAUCUGGAGUGUGUAAUCAAGGAGUCCCUGCGUCUCUUUCCCUCCGUGCCCUUGUUUGCACGCAACAUAUGCGAAGAAUGUCAGAUCAAUGGCUUCAAGGUGCCCAAAGGAGUGAAUGCCAUCAUCAUACCAUAUGCAUUGCACCGUGAUCCCCGAUAUUUCCCUGAUCCUGAAGAGUUCCGCCCAGAACGCUUCCUGCCUGAACAUUCUGCUGGCCGACAUCCCUAUGCUUUCAUUCCCUUCUCCGCAGGUUUGAGAAACUGUAUAGGUCAACGCUUUGCCAUGAUGGAGGAGAAAGUCAUUCUGGCAUGGGUACUGCGGAACUUCCACGUGGAGUCCUUUCAGAAGCGAGAGGACCUGCGACCAUUAGGAGACCUGAUUCUAAGGCCCGAGCAGGGCAUCUGGAUCAGACUACAGAAAAGGGUUCAUUAGACCCAGCUAGAUGGGUCUUAAACCUUGCUUUUGAUAUGAUGUAUAGUGUAUAAUCUUAAAUAAUUUUCAAAUCAGUUUUCUCACCAUUAUCUUUCUUAGCAAAUGUGCUAUUUUCAAUCAAGUUCUUUCAUAUGUGUGAUUCCCCAGUAGUGGAAUGAGCUGCCAAACCACAUCUGGUCAUCAGAGUCCCACUCAACCUUCAAGAAAUGCCUUCAGCCUUAUUUGUUCCUGGAAUCCCUCUACUGGACUGAUACCUCUCUGUGUUCCCUGAAUGCUUUUAAUGGUGUCCUUCAUGAUCAUUUGAUAGUUUUAUUUGAUUCUUGCUUUGUUAGUAAAUGUUGUGUAGGUCCUGCUCCAAUACUGCUGACACUUGUAACUGCACAUUAUUUGGAAGCUCAGUCUAGCUGCAUUUUUACCUGAAAUAUGACAAGACAUAUGGUAGCAUUGUUAUAAUUGUCUCACAUGUAUGUUGCUUUGGACAAAAGUGUCUGGUAAAAACAUUUAAGUGGGAAAUUCAUUCCUCCUCAUUCAUUGGCCAUUGCAUGAAAAUGUUAUUUAAAUCAGGGAAUUGUGAAUGCUGACAAUUAGAUAAAAUAAAUUCCAUCCAAAUAAGU